AUGGCCGGUCAUGUAAAGAGUAGAGUUGUUACACCAACCAAGGAGGACAUGCCAAGUCGGCUAAGUAGUGUCACUCCAUCCAAGGAUUGGUCGUACCCCUACUAUCGGGUAGUGAAAGAAAACAGACAUGUCUCGGGAAGCUUCUCCCAUGUUUGGUCACAUGCCGCCACCCGGAGCACGAGCCAACCACUAAGAGAAAGUGACGGUGCGAUACAACAAAGAAACGCCGCCGAAGCCGCUUCAUCAAGUUCCGAUCAUGGAGGCUUCGAUCUCCUCCGCCGGUUUGUUCCUCUGAGAAGCCAUGCUUCUCAUUCUCAGGACCCCUCCGGGGUUUACUCGAAUACCGAGUUUCCCGUCUUGCUCCCGUCCUCCGCCGAUUGGAAUCUCACCGCCGGUGAGAUCUCGCUCUUCAAAGACAUAGCCACUGUUCACAAUGUGAUGAUGAAGAGCCCGACCUCAACUUCUCACCGUCCAGAGCCACCAGCUCUGUUUCCUCUGGGGCCGCGAGAGCCUUUACCACCGCCAGAGCCGCCCGACCUUACACUGGCCCAGACUUCGUCGAAGGCAAGACCCACGCCUUCGCCGAGAUCUUUUGUAACCUUCCCCGUCGUAAUUGAUUUUCCCUCCACCGGUCAAAUUCUCUGCUACGGCAUGGGACUUAAUACUUUCUCUCAGCCACUGAUUUCACUCUCUGCGUCACCGACUGAGAAAUCUUCACCUUCGUCGAGUCUAGCCAUCUCCACUUCAGUAGAGAUUAGUUCCAUCGGCGAUGGACUCAUAUUCAGUACAUGA